AUCCGCAAGGCUGCAGCGAAGUUGACGAGGAAAGGCACGAGCAGCCUCAGGAACAUUGAAGGAUGCGCAUUGCGGAGCGGAACACCUGCCGCCGAAUGCCAUAGACGAGUCCUCAGGCAGUCGCGACACGAUCCUUCCCUUCCUGGAUCCAGGAUAUCGACGCGUCAGCAAGUCUCGCGGCGAGUUGAAGAGGCAGCAACGCCCUCAUCGCAGGACAUGGCUUCCUCGGUCCUCCCCAAAGCAUGCAGGAAUUGCCGUCUACGCAAGAUCCGAUGCGACAAGAAGUAUCCGUGCUCCAGCUGCCAAACAUCCGGAAUCGAGUGUCAGAGGUCGUCCAACAGCAUCGCGCUUCCCAGCGCCCAACCUUAUCCCUCUCCGCCACCUGCUGCGCUUUCCACUGUCGACGCCCAAGGACUCGCUCGCAACAUUGAGCAGAUCAACAACGCCGUCCAGCAGCUCCUCACGCUGCAAACCAAGUCGACCGGGAGCCAUACAAGCCCGCAUCCGCUGUUCGCUGAAGACUAUGCUGCUGAGCAGACCGAGCCGACGGAACUGCACGACAGCGACGCCGAAAUCCACGAAGGAGUCUCUUCCUUCAACGCGCAGGCACUGAUAGCGGGAGAGGCUUCUCAGGCUCUUGCCGGAGGCCACGACCAGCUCGUCGCGGCUCAGGAAGGCCUUCGAUCCCUCCGACAGUUGGUUUCCGAUGGUAGCCCAGCACUCAGUGAUGGCGCCUCACCGCGGGCACAUCACCAAGCGAGUCACGCUUCGUUCGCGAAGAGCCUCAAUCUUCUCCCCAUCGAGGUGGUCCUACAAGUCGUCAAGGUCUUCAAGACGCAUGUCUCUUCUGUCGUCCUCCCCUACGGCAUGCCCGGUUUGGACUACCUCGAGAGCGCUUGUAGAGCUGCUUAUUUCCCCACCGAACCACUGUCUCCCGGGCAGAUAGCCGUCAUGCACGGAAUGCUCUACUACCUUCUCUGGGAAUGGAUGAGCCGUGACGACAUACCAGCGCCUGGCAACAUCGACUUUGAUGCCAUGAUGAAGCUCAGCGAGAGCAACUUCGAACUCGCCUUGCGCACUUACGAUGUCCUCGCAUACGCUACUCAGGACAAUGCUAUGGCGUUGUACUUCGCUGCAAUCAAAGCUCGAGAGCACUCCAAUGUGAAACGCGCAUGGUCGUACGCUUCGUGCGCAGCGCGCCACCUACUCAACAUGGGCUUGCAUCGUCGGUCCACGCUCGCGGGAUUGUCCUCGGCGCAACGCCGUGAAAGAUUGAUUCUCUUCUGGAACAUUUACGGCCUGGAGAAGAGCCUGGCACUGACUUUGGGCCAUACCGCUACCCUGCGAGACGACGAUAUCGAUGCAGAUCCAGUUCCUGUCAACCAAGAUCCCCGGUAUCGGGACUGGGAUGAAGUGCCUAACCUUGGGGCUCGGCUGGGGCGAGUCGAAGGUCAAAUCUUCGAUCGCUUGUACACAGCCUCCGCCCUUAACAAGAAAUCCGAGGAGCGUAUUCAGAUUGUGCAUGAGCUAAGCCAGGCAUUGGAAGAAUGCCUAUUUAGUUUCAGAGCACGUUCGGAUGAGUGCAUUUUUCCAGACAUCUAUGACUUCGCCUUUGGCGACACCAAUCACGUUGCAUACUACUCCCUCCUGACGACCCUGCAUCGGGGCACAUACGCUACUAGCACCUCGCCUGGAAUCAUAACCCACGCCUGCUACGACGCCGCGCGAAAAUGUCUUCAAGCACACCUUGCCAUCAUCGAGCAAGUCCGACUCUUUCGAGGCGGACAACUAACGCAGAACUACCUGACCUGGGCCCUACAAUACGGCGCCUUCACCCCUCUCAUAGUUGUCUUCCUCCAUUCCCUCUCCGACCUCGACGAGCAAGAUCUUGCUCUCCUUCAACGCUUCCACGACUCUCUGCUAGACGUUCCUAAAAUGACGGAAGGCACCCGCAAACUACGAACCACCUGCGCCAUCUUCAUAUCCGUGGCCAAGGUAUACGUCGAAUCUCGUCCAGGAGGAGACUCCAACUCCUCCGCGCAACAUACUAGCAACAAUGCCAACACUUCGAACCUUCCCACCACAACUCUCGCCCCGAACGCCGAAAUUGUCCAACGUCAACAAAUUCAAGAGGCCUUCGAUCGAACUACUCAGGUCAUUGGAAACAGCAGCAAUGAUGCCUCGCAACAACAGCAUCCACAGUCAACAAACCCACAAUUACAAAGUUUCCCAGCUUGGGAACCUGGUCUGGGUGAUUUGACGCAAAUCGAUGAAAUGUCGGCUUUCAUGGACAACUGGAUGGACGGGAGUCAACAAGCUGCUGAUCUGUUCAGUGUGGAUUUUGGGGGUGGGCCGUCGUCAUAUGUUGUGUGAUGUGAGAUGAAGUGAUUACUGGCAUCGUUAGUGGCAUCGGGAGAUGAAGAGAAAGGUGACGAGUGAUAUCCCAUGGCAGGAGUAUGCUCUUUUUGAAGAUGAAGAAAUGUGAAGUCGAGAACUCUUUUGAAGUGAGAAAACAUUUUCUGGCUCUUCGCUACGAAUAUAGACGACAUUUACUGGUACAACAUUUUA